CAGACAAAAUGCAUCUUUAUCCAAUUGGUCGUAUUCUCAACUCAAAGCCAAUGCAACCCAGCCACUUCUCUAUUACUUUCGCAGACCUUACUGUCUUCUCCGUCCUUGCACUCUGUCCGAUUUACCGCCUACUCACAGAAGGAUUCACGGUCCGUGCGUUGCUAUGGAACGACUAUAUCUGCUUGUUUGCAAUGGUUCUCUUUGCAUUCAACCGGAGGCCUACCAUCAUCCACACAAUUAUUGAAAGCGAGAAAAAAGCUCAAUGGUGAAGGUCUCUCUCAAAGUUGUAAUGAUUACAUUUAGCGCAUUUUGGCGUUAUUGCCAGGAUACCUAGGCAAACGAAAUGGAAUGUUAUAAUGAUAAGUAGGCAAACAGGC